GUGACUGUUAACUACUUCUUCCUCCGCACGGAACUGUACAUCCGGCGUAGAAGAAGACGUUCACGCUGUCAUGGCUGUUGUGCAUUAUUGAACUGCAUACCGGUAGAUAUUUUGUGAUAUACGAGAGGCUUAUGGACAGCGGUUUUCUACAAGAUGUUUAAACGUUUGCUCCCCUUUUCUCGUUGCUAUCGACCUAACCGCUGUACGUGUUUGUAAGUUGUCGAGUCUGCAAAGGUUAAGCAUGUGUGCUAACAGAAGCUAGCUGCACAAGUAAGGCUAUGAAUCAAUAAUGAACUAUAUUGUCAGCUGCAGUGGGUAAACUAGGGCAGAUAACACUGUGUGAAGCAGAAGAAAUACAUAAUUAUUGAAGGAUCAGUGCUAACUGCAUGCUUGGAAACUUGUGUAUAUGUUUGUUUGCUAUGCAGUCUCUGUACAUUGAGUCACAUGUUUUCUCAUCCAGGUGCACUUUAUUGCUCUCAAUGUUACUACAAGUUUCAGCUGUACAUUUACUGCUUUGUUGUUUUGUUUGUUGCAUUUUCAUGAUCCAUGUCUCUAACGACCCUUAGGCUAGAUAGAACCUUGUUUAACACGAAGGUAAAGGAAUGGCCGUGUAGACAAUGAAGUGGUGCAACAAUAAUAUAAAUAAUAGUAGUAAUACUAAUGUUUUUUAUACAACAAUUAUCAAAACUGACUUCACAAACACGGAAGCUCACAAUAUAAAGAUGAAACAGGGAGACAAAAUAACAAGACAUAUUAAUAAAAGAUGACCCAACUAAAAAAAGUAAAUGAUAAAAUCUUAAAAGAGUGAUUAAAAGCUGGGGCUGGACAGAGGAAACAACAAAUACAACAAUAAAUACAUUAAAUAAAUAAAUUUAAAUAAGGCUAUUAGAUAAAGAUGUUUUCUGAAGUAAUGUAAGGUGUUGUAGCAGUGAAUGGCUUGUGGCAUUCUCACGCACUCCAAAAAACAGCCACUUAAAAUUCAAAAGAUUUAUUCCAAAAAAGGAAAUUUAAAUUUUAAGUGGCUGUUUUUUGGAGUGCAUGCAAACGCCAAGCCAUUCAUUACUACGGCAUUAAGUCAAAAAAACUAUCAAACCACAGCCUUUACCUGCCUGACACUGCAGACUGACAGCACCAGCCAUGACGUAUGACCAUAAUCGGGUGACUAAAAUGGUGACGAAAGAAAUACUUACCAAUGAUUAAAUCAGCGUAGAUCCAACCAAACAAAAAGGACAUAAGUCAUAAAUAGUGUUUGUGUUUUUUAAAAAUGAAAUGGCUACAACAUAGGGUUCCUUUGGUUUUUAAAUUUGAUGUGGGAUCAUUAAGGAGGUCCCUGUCUGAGGAUCUGAGACUACACACUGUUUGGUAUGGAGACAGCAGUAUUCAGGGGCCAGACCAUGGAGUGCUUUAAAAGAUAUAACAAGUAAAACCUUAACAUCAAUUCUUAAAGAAAUGGGUAGCCAGUGUAAGGUCAUUUAAACAUGAGUAAUAUGCUCUCUUUUCUUCGUUUCAGUUAAAAGUCUAGCUGCAGAAUUUUGCUCUAUUUGGCAAUUAAUUAAUUUCUGAUUCAUUCCUGUUAAAACACGACUAAACUAAUCUAAUGAUGAGGAAAUUGAUUGUUAGGGUGUCAGUAAAAGUCAGCACAGAUCUUAUUCAGGCAAUAUUUCUUCGUUGGUAAAAGCACGGUUGGAUAACUUUGUAUGUUUCUGAUAAGUACAGCUGCUGCUAAAAGUAACUCAGAGUUGAGGUUUCUUACAUUUAGUUUUACAGUCAGAGAGAGAGAACCGAGGGAGGACUGAAUUUGGGGCCAAUAAUGAGUAUUUCAGUCCCUCUUAAAGUAAAGCUGCUCUGUUCAGUCUGCACCGGUGUCAGGGAAAACUACAGCUUGAUGUCACUGGGCUUGAGAUGAUCAAAUGUCUGGAUAUUUUUUUUUCUAUCAUCAAAAUGUUAACAAACUAAAUGGAUCCCAACUUCAUGACUCAUCUGCCUGCGUAAAUGACUCCUGUAUGACCUUUUAAAUGCCAACCUCUAAUUUGAUUUAUGGCUUUUCCACAUUAUUUUGGGGCUGAAACUAAAGCUAAGUUUAUGUUGGAUUAUUUGUGUCUCUUAAAUUUUGCUUUGUUUGUUUUCAUUUAAUUGUUGUGCAGUUGUGAAUGUAGAACCCACUUGCUCCAGCACUGGUCUGUCAACAUUAAAAGAGCAAGCAUGAGCAGCCUGGACCAAGACCAGCGUCUCCAACCUAGUUGCCGUGACAAAACAACAGUCUCCAGUGAUUCAUCAGAUGCGUGUGAGCUUGCCAAGCAGCCUCUCCAAGGUCUAAAAUUGGCAUCACAUGAAGUACUGAAGAAAGCGCAGCAGAAAGGCAGGUUGAUAUGCACUAAAUGUGGAGGAUCAAGGAUGUUCUUCUGCUACACAUGCUGCUCAUUACUGGGUGUCACCCAGCAAGAAAUCCCUUUACUCAAGGUCAGUUUAAGGUCAGGACUCACUUGAUUGUUCUUUUUAAAAGACAGCGUCACCUCCAGUGCAGCUGCAGUAGAAGUGUCCUGAUGUGCUGGAAAAUGUUAAGAAAUGCCUUUAAUGUAGGAUGUGUAAUUUUGUUAUGUUCGUGUCCUCUGAACCUGGCUCUUCUUGUAUUUGUAAAGCUUCCUGUUAAGAUAGACAUCAUCAAGCAUCCUAAUGAGUCUGAUGGAAAGAGCACUGCGAUCCAUGCCAAGAUCCUGGCGCCCAGUGAUGUGACCAUAUACACUUACCCCUGCAUACCUGACUAUGAAAAAGACAAGGUGAGCAGUUUUUCAUUGUUAAAAAAGCCCAUUUAACCAUGGGGCUGUAAUUUAUUAUUGGUUGCUAUUAAGUAUAAUCAGUAUUGGUUAUUCUGCCUAUUAUCUAUCAUAUCAAUAGUUUCCCCUGAAGAUUCCAAAAGGUAAUAAGUACUCUAAACUCCAAUAAAUAGGUCACAAAACAUAGUUUAUAUCUCUCUUUUAUUUGCUCCAGAAGCCUUAAACCCCAAAACGAUCAUUUUACUACUAAAUAAUCUGAAGAAAAGCAAAAACAGCUCAUAGUUAUGAAGCUUGAAAUAGGAAAUGUUAAGUUUAUUUGGUCUGGAAAAUAAUAGUUUCAAGUAUCACGUUUCUGCUUCUUACUCAGCAUCUUUUACCUAUUAGGGAAUCAUCAUUGUCAUGUACCUUUCCGUUUAUUCAUGUAAUAUUGUUUGUGCUGGAAACUACUCUCAAGUCAUGUCAUUAUACUGUCAGUGUUCAUUACAUUUACAGUUACAGCUUUUCUGCUUCUUUUAGUUUUUAUUUGUACGAGUCAAAUGGAUUUGAAAAUUUGAUGACACGGCCUAAAUAAGAUCAGAAUUUGGAAAACUGAGCGACUUCUCCUUUCUGAGGUUUUACACUCGUCAAGUUUCUAUUUCAUUGAUGUAGAACAGAAUCAGAUACCGUAUUUUGAUUUGGCUUUCGAAAUUAAGAUGAACGCAUGGCAUGCAAAAGUUAUGUAGGUUCAUUAUAGCUGACAGAUUUUAUAUAUUUUUUUUAUUUCCCUCAUUUUAUUCCUAAUUCCUUAAUUUCUUUCGGCGCUACUUCUAGAAAUAUAUAUAACACCACAUUAUAGAAACAAUAUACAUUUGUUGUUUUCUGCCGUCUAGUAUGAAACUGUGCCCCUCUAAAUCUGUUUAUUGUCUUUCACUCUCAGGUGGUGUUAGUGUUCCCUGGUUCUGAAGCUGUCUCAAUUCAAGACAUGAUGCAGUGUCUGCAUGCCCAGGCUGACAGCAGGUCACGUGACUCCUCUGAUGAACCCUGUAUAAAGAGACUAAAGAAAGAGGAGGGUUCAGACAUUGAUACGAACCCUGAGUCAGGGACCCCAGAUGAAAUGAAGGGCUCUGAGUCAAGGGUGUUUCCUCUGCAGAGGGUGGUCUUCAUUGACAGCACAUGGAACCAGACCAACAAGAUCAGCACAGAUGAGAGACUGCAAGGUAAUCAACUAAGAUUGCAUUUGUGCAGCUUUUCAAAGAGCUCUGGCUGCUGUUGAUUAUUGGGGGCAAAUGUACUUCACCCACGGUGCUGUUUAACAUGAUCUCAGCCUGUGUGAGUGUGUGUUCUCACUGACGUUUGUCCUCCAGGUUUUGUGCGAGUGGAGCUGAAGACGAGGAAAACCUGUUUCUGGCGCCAUCAGAAGGGCAAACCAGACACCUACCUUGCAACUAUUGAGGCUAUUUAUUAUUUCCUCAAGGACUACCACAAGCUUGUCCUCACUCAGGAGUACAAAGGAGAAUAUGACAAUCUUCUCUUUUUCUACGCAUACCUGCACUCAGUUAUCAACACGGCCAAGAAGUCUGCAGGAAAAUGCUGAAAGAAAAGACUGAGUCAGCUACAAGAGACUGAUAUGAGCUGUAGCUGAAGAGUUGCUUCAGCAGUUCCUGCUGUCCUGAUUUUGUUUUUUAUGCUAAAGGAUAUUUUCUUUUCAAAGGGACACUGACUGUGAUCAGUUUGAACAGAACAUGCAAUAAAACAAAUGGUAAACACGAGUGCAACUGAAUUAAGUGUUUUUAAGUAAAACAGAAGUUUAAUACAUUUAAAUAACUUGCCUGAAGCUGCCUGAAGUGUUGAAUUUAAAGCUACCCCUUUUCCAAACGGCCAAACAUUUAUUGGAGAUGAUGUAAGUCAGAGAAGAGACGAGUUCUUUUAUUAUGAAAUGUUGAAAUUAUUCUUAAGCAUUCAAAAAAAGUCAGCAUGCAUGAUAUGAUUCAUUUGUACGUGUACCAUCAGUGAAGUCUGCAAAGUUCAGCAUCUUGUUUCCACUUCUCUCCAUCUGCAGGCCUGAAUUUUUUAAUUAUUCAAGUGCUGAAUUACAACGUAAUGUAGUAAUGUGGAAAUUAAAGUCACUUCAGAAAUGUUUCAAUAUUUUUAUUUACAAAUCAGUAAAUAAUAGUGCUUUCAUUAUACAUGCCUUAUCAUAUAUUACUCAUAGUUCUUGGACACUUGCUAUUGAAUCCAUCUAAAAUAAAUCUUCAAAGCCAAUGCUGGAAAUCUCACAUCUGUGCACCUGCCUACUGUCCAUGGUGGCAAGUUAACGUGGGGUCACUAGUAGAAGGUCUCUCUGAUCUUGGCCUGCAGGCUGUCGCACGUCUUCUUGGCGUCUCCAAGCAGCAUAGAUGUGUUGGGUUUGUAGAAAAUGGGGUUAUCAACUGCAGCGUAGCCCACACCUAAGGUACGCUUCAUAACAAUUACCUGAGGAAGAUAAGAAUACAUAGUCACCUUCUGUACCACAGACUAAAACGCAGUGACAUGCAAAAAGAAAAAAAACUGAAAACAAACCUGUUUGGACUUCCACACCUCCAGGACAGGCAUGCCAGCAAUGAUGGAGUUUGGAUCUUCUUGUGCGGCAGAGUUCACGGUGUCGUUGGCUCCAAUGACCAGUGUCAAGUCUGUCUCUGUGGGCCGCAGAUGUUCACUCAUUUAUAUACAAAACAGAUGAAAACACAAACCGAUCGGGCUCUCCAUCACCACACUUAUCUCCCCCACUCAUAAACAGAACCAUGUGUCCCAGACCGCGUGCCUGGUUGCUAAGAAAACAAGACUGUUGCUCUGAUAACAUAGCACAUCUAAAUAUCAGGACACAUUACAAAGUUGCUCCCACUGUAGAUGAAAGGGGGCUGUGGUCAUUACACACAGCUGAUCUAAUGUUAUUGUCUGACACCUUCCGGCCACAGUGACAACCAUGCAGCAAUAAAACAUUUUACAGCUCUGUGAAAAAAAAAGUGAUUUACCCGGGAAAUCAUCAUUGAUCUCAUCCAUCUCCAGGACCACAUCAUAGGGAACUCCAGCCUCGGCCAAGAGGACGUUGAGCUGGCCGGGCAUACGACCGGCUACUGGGUGGAUACCAAACCUAAUGGAGGUGAAUGUAAAAUAUAUAACUACCCAUUAACACUGAUUGAUCUACAUUAAGGCACUGUAAAUUCCCUAAUUAAUGAUGUCUGUGUCUGAACAAAUUCAACAGAGAGGAAGAAUAACUCCCCUCAGCCUUGUAUUUUAUGGUUUCAAGCAACAAGUAAGAAGCUUUUCUAUAUUGUAGCAGGUAGACUUGAGGCUUCUUAACUUGAUUGAUUGCAAUUUAACCGAUGAAUUGCUUCAUAUUUAGUAUCUGUAAUCCAAAUAUUGCUUCGUUUACAGGCCUUGGAUGAUAAAACAGAAUGUGUAUAGAUUUUCACCUGACAGCUUUUCCCUGUUCGCUCAGCAUCUUCACCAUAUCUGCAAUCGGGUACUGGGCUUUGGCUGCACACAGACCCCAACCUAAAGUCAAAACCAUCAAGAGAAUAAUCAUGCAAGGGGUUAAAAAAGGGCCACUCUCAGCCUAGGAUAAUUUUUAUAAAACAAAAUAAGAUAAACGUCUUUAUCUUCAUAUCUCUUGGGGACAUAUAAACCAGGGUUGACAGAGCGGAAUGAAUUCAUUGAAGAAACUGCUGCCUCUAGAAAAAUAACUUGAACACCAGACUGAAUAAUGCCCAAAACAGUUUGAGUUCAGGGUUGAAUUAUGUGUGUUUUGUAAACACUGUAACUGAAUUUGGAUGAAGAUACAAGUGCUCUUUCAUACUUUAGGGUGGAACCUCUUUCUUUUGCUUUAAUUGUCUGCUGAUGAAUAACAUUUUAUCACAAUUGUUUUUAUGUUUUGUUGUUUCUAUGACACAAUAAAAACUUCCAUGAGAAAGGAGUUACUUGUGCUUCUUCGGCUGCUGAGUCUAUUAUCACGUCUUUUAAACGCUUAAAACCUAAUCCUUUGACACAAUCUGUUAAUAUCUAAAUGAAAGCAGAGUAAUCCAGCAUGGGCAAUAAAAAGUUAUUCCUCCAGGGUUUUUUCUUUCUUUCCGUCCCUCUCUCCACCACAAGUCUCCUCUCUAUAUUAAAUCAUAGUGCUUCAUCGGUCUGAGAGACAUUUUUCUCAGUAAAACUUUUGCAUGUGUGGUGUGCCUUCGGGUCCCCUGCGUGCAAAGAACUCCUUUCCUUAUGUCUGCGUAACCCCUGUUUAACCCUGGUGGUCAGGUACCUUGUAGAGUUCAGCAUUACCCCUAAUUGAGUUUUUUGAAGCCAGUCGCCCGUAACCCGUAUCUCCCAAUUCCCCAGAAAACUGGAGCCUUCUGUUUCCUCACUGCUGUGCUUUGUUGUUGACAGCGCAUGGAGAAGUCCUGGGUCUGGACUCAAUAGCUCUUAUGACUUUUCACUGUUUCUCUAAUCAGAGCAGCAUGUUGGACCACACAGCUGUCAUUGCGUUGGUUUGGAGCCACUUGAAAACAACAGCAAUCCAAGUAUCCAAGAGUGGUUCCUCUUACUCAGGCCACUCGACAACUACUCAGCUGUCGGACGAGUCUGGCUUGUUCUGUUUAAUAAAUCAAGAUGUGGUCACCGUCUCACACUGAAAAAUAAAAUCCAUCAACCUUAACUCUUUACGAACAAACACGUUCUGACACACUCACUGUAUAUACUGUAUGUGCUACGAGACACCGGGUUUCUGUGUAAUUAUUUAUGGACAAACUGCUCCCUCUUGUGGUGUCCAGUCCCUGUAUUUUCUGUUUAAUUAAUGACUACCAUACAGUCAGUUUGAGAUCCCGAACAUUUGCAAACUCUUCAAAUCCUGUGGUUUUCCAAAAGCUACCACAACAACAUUUUGAUAUAGAUUUGGCAGAGCAGUCAUGCUGAGCCUCUCUGUCGGAUAAGGUUAAUCAGAUGACAGAGAUAGUUGAUGUUAUUGAUGCAGACAGUCUGAGCAGCUGCAGCUGGAGUACAGAGGAUCCACGCUCUCUGGUGAUGAGGGAAUCUCAUAUUAAAUUGGUGCUCCACCUCAGUCUCUGAAGUCAACCCAAACAUCUUUCUACACCUGUCGAAGUGAUGAAUGAAUGAAUUCAGUCAUGCUCCCCCUGGUUCUUUGAUCACUUAUUGCCUUAAAUACUAGAGAAGAGUACAGUCUGGAUCAGCACUGCAUGUAAAAUAAAAGGGAGCAGUGUCAUUUUGGUACAUUCAAGAGCGGAGAAAAAUACAAAAACAAAUAUUAAGUUGUUCAAAGCUGCUCGUGGCUCUAUAGGGAACACUGUAAUCAUUUAAGGAGACCUAUUAUGCUGAAUGGUAUUUUAAUACAUACAUAAUGGUCCAAUGUUGGCUGCCCGUACCAAACUUUAGCAUGGACUUGUUUUCCAUGUCCUUUGAACAUCCUGUUUCAAAACACUGCCAUUAUCUAACAUCAGGACAUGCAAUCCUAUCAAGACUAUUUUUAACUGCCCAUCCAGCGGUCCUAUUAAAAGACGCAGCCUUCAGGAAGCUAGAGUCCAAUUCACUGCUUGUCUUUUUCCUCUGUCUUGUACUUUGUUGAUGCAGUACAUCUCAGAAAAUUGAUCCUAAGGGUUCUUUUGGUUGUGAGAGACAAUCAAAGUUAUUCUCUCUUCCCAAAAACAGAGCGAAUAUGUUUUUGGGACAACAGCCACAUCAGAGCAGCUUGUGCUCACCACUUCACUCAGGACUCCUUAGAAAACAAAGGCCAGUACAGGCUGGAUUUGAAACUUCCCCAUUGAUAGAGACCUUCCCUGAAGGCUUGGAGCCACAAACUGUAAGCAACACUAACAGCA